AUGAAAGAGGAAAUAACUAAACUUCAAUCAAGAAUUAAGUCACUUGAGCAAACUGAGGACAAGUUCGAAGCAUUGAAAGUUAAUUUUGAUUCAGCAAAUCUAAAAGUAAUCGACUUUCAAAAGAAGAUGGUGCAUAUUAAAAACCAGCUUUCAAGCAUGGCCAGAGCCAGAUUUGAAUCAACGAACCAAAAGGACAAAAGAAUUUUAGAACUCCUGGGUGAGUUAGAAUCCUCCCUUUAUACACAGUUGUAUCCAACUUCCCAAUAUAAGGAAAGUAAUGCCACUGUGGCGAACGAAAUUGACGAGCUUCGAACAUCUCUCUCGAACAAGCUACUAUAUGAAAAUAAGGGACUAUAUCACAAGCUCAAAGAAUUCAAAAAGACUAUAAGUUGCAAGGAAGCAAAUUUUAAAAACACUAUCAUGGUCUUGGAAAAUGAGAACAGAGAGUUAAAAUAUAACAUAUAUAGACUUACAAACACCAGCGUAGAUAAUAAGCCUGGGUUUUGCUCUAAGUCAAAAAUAAAGGGAGGGUCAAAAGAUUUACUUGAAGACUCAAAUGCAUAUAAAUAUUCGAUAAAUAGUGAUGUCCUUUUGACAGAUGAUAGUCCAGAACAGCUCAAUAAGUGUACGUUGAACAAGAGACGAAAAAUUAUUACCAAGAAGGUGUAA